UUCUCUGCUGCUGGUAGCCCGAGCUCCCAAUCCUUGUACUGGCUGCCAGGGCAGCGCUGGGCCCAUGGAGAGACCGGUGAAGGAUGGGAUCCUCUAUGUGCAGCACUGCAAAUUUGGAAAGAGGUCCUGGAGGAAGAUGCGAGCCCAGCUCUUUGCUGCCAGCCCCUCUGGCGUGGCCCGCAUGGAGAAGUUUGAUGUGCGGGAUGACGGCACAGCGUUGGACAAAACCUCCCUGCGGCGGUGUUCCCGCCGGGUGAUCCGCCUCUCGGACUGUGUCUCUGUGGGCCCAGCGGGUACCGAGAGCUGCCCCAAAGCCACUGCUGCCUUCUACCUCACCACCACGGAAAAAAGCUACGUGCUGGCAGCUGAGCAGCGGGAUGAGUGGAUCGCCCAGCUCUGCCAGCUGGCCUUCCAGGGUGCAAAGGAGACGAUGCAGAGCAGUGACAGGACCCAGCCCACCCCUGCUGUCCCCAUGGAGGAGAACUCCCUCUACUCCUCCUGGCAGGACUUGACCGAAUUCCUAGUGCUGGUGGUCCGGACGGAGGCGGCUGCCCGCUGCGGUCUGCACGGGCACUACCUACUCUCAGCCCUUCCCCAGAGCCUGACGCUGAAGGACCCACAGUCCCGCCAGCCUCUGCUCACCUGGCCCUACAACUUUCUCCGCAAGUUUGGCCAGGAUCAGACCAUCUUCUCCUUUGAGGCUGGCCGCCGCAGCGACUCUGGUGAGGGCACCUUCACCUUCAGCACUCCGCGGGCCCCGGAGCUCUGCCGUGCGGUGGCUGCUGCCAUUGCCUGCCACCAGCAGGGCAAGGAUGCACCAGACCCCCGGCUCUUCUGUGCCCUGGAUCCCCAGCUCUCUACCCAGGGCCUUGAGCCUCAGCCCUGGGCCCCUGGGGCCGAGGAGCCCCAGUCCAGCCCAACCCUGGGGGGGGCACAGCCUGCCUCCCACCCCCACACCAGUCUUAGCCGUUUCCCCCCACCAGAGCCGGAGGCUACAGGACCCAUUGUCUAUGCCUCCAUUGCCCGGGGACGGCAGCCCUUCUUUGGGCCGGGGCGACCAGGUCCCGGUGAGCCCUGGGCAGCAGGGAAGCUGCCCCCUGAGCAUCUCUACGAGAACAUCUUCACGGCAGAGACGGGUCCUGCAAGAGCCGAGCAGGGGGAGGAAGAGGAGGAAGGGCAGUGGGAGCUGGGGUGCCGGCAGGCCCCUGAGGGCCACAGCAAUGAGGCGGGCCCCCUCUAUGACAACCGGGCUGCGCUGGCUCAGCUGCCGCGGGGCAGCCCCCAGCCCCCGGAGCAGCGCUGGGGCCGCGGGGGGCCGGAGGUGCCGCCAGGGGCCCCCGGGCCCAAACCCCAGAGCAACCUCCGGUCCAAGCUGGUGCGGCUGCUCAGCCGGGAGACCCCCGGCCCGCGGGACUGGGCCUGAGACCAGGCCGGAUGCAGUUCGGUGGUGCGGUGAAUAAACAGCCUGGGCCGGACUGGGCUCUGCCGGUGCUGCGGGGGCGGGCGGGGAUAGGGGUCGGUCCCGGGGCCGGGUGGGGGCAGCCCGCAUCU